GACAAUAGAUGCAUUUGACGAUCUGACAUAUCAGGUUCAUCUCACAUCCUUCACUCAUAAAAUAACCACCAAGUCUCCUCACCAGACACAAUUAUCAAGAUGAUGAUAAUCUUGUUGUGGGUUACACUGCUUCGCCUUCACCAGGGAUAUACGCUGACUCCAGUGACCACAGUUCAUCUUGGUGAACCUGCCACCUUGACAUGUGUUUUCUCUAAUAAAGAGUUGAGCAGCAAAAAACUCCACUGGUACAAGCAGAGUGCCGGGGAAACGCUGAAAUGUAUUGUGUCACUGCGGAAAUCUACACAACCUCAGUAUGCACCAGAGUUUUCUGAAUCGAGAUUGGAGGUAAAUUAUGAUAAGAAUUUUAGCAACCUGACCAUUCUGAGGACAACCAAAGAAGAUGAAGGAAUGUAUCACUGUGCUUUUAUGGAGUGGAAUGACAAUCAAUGGAGUGGGACAUAUUUGAUAGUAAAAGGUAAUACUAGGGCAUCAAGCUAUACUGUUGUUCAGUGGCCGACAUUAUCAGAUCCAGUCCGUCCAGGAGACUCUGUGACUCUCCAGUGUUCAGUCCUCUCCGACUCUGGGAACAAGACAUGUCCAGGAGAUGACAGUGUGUUCUGGUUCAGAGCCGGAUCAGAUAAAUCUCAUCCAGACAUCAUCUACACUGAUGAAAGAAGACAUGGUGGAUGUGACAAGAGAUCAGGCACUAAAAAGAGUUGUGUUUAUCGCUUCUCUAAGAACAUCAGCUACUCUGAUGCCGGGACUUACUACUGUGCCGUGGCCACAUGUGGGGAGAUAUUAUUUGGAGAUGGAACUAAACUGGAAAUUGUGCAAAGAACAAACACCGUAUUUGUUGCAAUGGGGAUGUUAAUAGUCUGCUUGGUCAUUUCUGUUGUUGGCAAUGUUGUCCUCUUCUGCAAUAGAAAAGUCCAUGAACAAUGUAAAGGAAUUGAAAGUGCUAAUUUAGAAGAACGACAUGACAACUUGCGCCAUCCAGUACACAACAUAACUGGAGAUGACGACAGAUUGAACUAUGCUGCACUGAAUUUCUCCGGGAAAAAAACGAGAGGAAGAAAGAAGAGAGAGUUUGCCGAGGACAGUGUGUACUCUCAAGUUAAAUGCUGAUUAUGAUGUUGAGAAAUGAAUUUGAACCUU